CAUUUGUAAACGAAAUAGGAAGGAAGAAUAGUUAGUAAACAAUGGCUGCCUAGGAAGUUCAUAUAAAAUAGUUUGAGAGUCUUGCAUUUUCAUAUAAACUAAUAAUGUUGUUUGCAUCACCAAAAGCAAUGCAUGUUCAGUUUCCCAAUUAUUUAUUUUUAACAAUUUUCUUAAUCUUGAACUUGAACUUGUUUAUUCCAAAUGCAUCUUCAUUGACCUUUAAUUUCACUAGCUUUGACCCGAAUGACAAAAGCAUAAUCUAUGAAGGAUCAGCAAAUCCUGCUUCAUCAGCUAUCCAACUUACAAUCAACUAUGGAAGCAUUGGUAGAGCCACAUAUUACCAACCUAUCCAUCUUUGGAACAAAAUCACAAACAAUCUCACAGAUUUCACAUCUCAUUUCACAUUUACAAUAGAUUCACAGAAUAGACAAAUGUAUGGAGAUGGGAUUGCAUUCUUCCUAGCCCCUUAUGGUUCAAAAAAGCCUAAUGCAACAAAAGGUGGUUCUAUGGGUCUAACACUUGAUAAUCAAAGGUUGAACUCAACUGAUAAUCCAUUUGUUGCUGUGGAGUUUGAUAUCUAUCGGAAUCAUUGGGAUCCACCUCUUGAACAUGCCGGAAUCGACAUCAACUCUAUGCUGUCUGUUGCUAAUGUUACAUGGUUGGCUGAUAUCAAACAAGGUAGACUCAAUGAGGCUUGGAUCAAUUACAAUGCUAGUUCAUUAAAUCUAAGUGUUUUAUUCACUGGUUUUAAUAACGUAACUUCUAGCAUUGUGAAUCAACAUUUAUCUUCCAUAGUUGAUCUUAGACUUUAUCUGCCAGAAUUUGUUACUAUUGGCUUCUCAGCUGCCACUGGAAAUCGCACUGCUGUACACAGUAUCUCUUCAUGGGAUUUUAGCUCAACUUUAGAAGGACAACAAGAUAACAACAAAACAAACACACAAGACCCAGUUACAAAGUCUCCAUCUUCAAACAAAAAGGCCAAGACAGGACUAGCAGUGGGAUUGGGAACCGGUGGAUUUGUUCUCAUUGGUGUAUUUGGUUUUAUUUGGGUUUUCUUGUGGAGGAAAAGAAGAGAACAGGAAGAUGGUGAAUUUCAAGAGUACAUGGGUGAAGAUUUCGGAAGAGGGACAGGACCCAAGAAGUAUACAUAUGCAGAAUUAGCAAAUGCAGCUAAUAAUUUCAAAGAUGAGCAUAAGCUAGGACAAGGAGGAUUUGGAGGUGUUUAUAGAGGCUUUCUAAAAGACACAAAAUCUUAUGUUGCUAUUAAGAGUGUGUCAGAAGAUUCUCAUCAAGGGAUAAAGGAAUUUGCAUCAGAAGUAACGAUAAUUAGCAAAUUAAGGCAUAGAAAUCUAGUGCAAUUGAUUGGUUGGUGUCAUCAAAGGAAAAAACUCUUGCUUGUGUAUGAGUACAUGCCAAAUGGUAGUUUAGACAUUCAUCUUUUCAAGAAACAAAGUUUGUUGAAAUGGGGUGUUAGAUAUACAAUAGCUAAAGGCUUGGCAUCUGCAUUGUUGUACUUGCAUGAAGAAUGGGAACAAUGUGUUGUACAUAGAGACAUAAAAGCAAGUAACAUCAUGUUGGAUUCAGAAUUUAACGCAAAACUUGGAGAUUUCGGUUUAGCAAGGUUUGUGGAUCAUGCAAAAGGUGGACAAACCACAGCUUUAGCAGGGACUAUGGGAUACAUGGCUCCUGAAUGUGCUACCACAGGAAGGGCCAGUAAAGAAACCGAUGUGUAUAGUUUUGGAAUUGUUGCUUUAGAGAUAGCUUGUGGAAGAAAACCAAUAAUUAAUGCUCAAGAAAAUGAAAUAAACAUUGUGGAAUGGGUUUGGGGGCUAUAUGGAAGAGGGAGAAUUGUUGAAGCAGUAGAUCCAAGACUAGAUGGAGAUUAUGAAGAGGAACAAAUCAAGUGCAUGAUGAUUGUUGGUCUUUGGUGUGCUCAUCCUGAUCCUAAUAAUAGGCCUUCAAUAAGACAAGCUAUUCAAGUGCUUAAUUUUGAAGUUCCAUUGCCUAAUCUUCCAUCAAGUAUGCCUGUACCAACAUAUCUUGAUGGCCCUUUGAAUUCAUUCACUGCUCCAUUCAACACAAAUGGUUCAGAGGAAGGUCCAAACAUGAAUAUAGAAAGCUUUAGUUCAAAUACAAACUCAUCUGGUUUGACUACUACAACUACUUCUAAUGAUGUUUCUCCUUCUAUGUGACUUAUGUAUUCUAGAUAAAAUUAAUUUUGUCUUAAUCGGUCUUUCUUUCUUUUGAAUCUAUUUAAAACUUCUCUUUA